CACAGGACCUUAUGUUUCCAGUUUCCACUACCCUCAACUCCCUCCAGGCCUUCGCUGACGUAAUUAACAGCUUUUGGAUGAACCUGAUCCAUAUCCAAUUGCACCUCCGCUAAAGAUCGUCCAAAUCAAUCAGAUUUACGCGAAACCCUGAAGGAGAUAUGCAAGCCGGAGCCCUGCUGCUUUCCUCCAUGACACUUUCUUCAUCUUCUUCGUCCGCGUCUUCAUCUUCCUCAUAUUCUCUUUUGUCUAUCUCUCUUCCCAGCUUUCAAAUUCGAAAAGCCUUUUCAUUUCCUUGCAAACUUAACUCCGGGAUUGGUAGAGGUAGCAGGAAUGCCAUGGUCUCUCGGUUGAGGGCUAGCUUUUGGGAAGCAAUUAGAUCUGGGUUUUCGAAGAAUAAUAGCAAUUUGCAGAUUGUUGAGCCUCCAUCUUCGAUCCAAGAAGAGGAAGAUCAUACUCCUGAAGAGUUUGUUCUAGUUGAAAAGCCACUACCAGAUGGAGCAGUUGAACAAAUUAUAUUUUCCUCUUGUGGGGAUAUUGAUGUAUAUGAUCUUCAAGCUUUAUGUGAUAAGGUUGGCUGGCCUAGAAGGCCACCAUCUAAACUCGCCACUGCUUUAAAAAAUAGCUACAUUGUAGCAACGUUACAUUCUAGAAGAGUAUCAACAGACGGAGAGAUGAAUGGCCAAAAGAAGCUGAUAGCUAUGGCUCGCGCGACAUCAGAUCAUGUCUUUAAUGCUACCAUUUGGGAUGUUCUUGUAGAUCCUUCCUAUCAGGGCCAAGGUCUUGGAAAAGCCCUUAUAGAAAAGCUCAUAAGAACACUUUUGCGAAGGGAUAUUGGAAAUAUUUCAUUGUUUGCUGAUAGUCAAGGUAAGUAUGUGGCUAAUUGAUCCGAGCAUUUUUGUUUUUGUCAAUGAGCAAGUAGCUCCAUUGCUAAUGGAGUUAAAAGAGUUAUCAAUCUUAUCAUUGACACUGUUUUAUUUUCCGGCACAUAAUGGACUAAAUCAAAAUGGAACAUUAAACUUCCCUUGCUUCUUACCUCCUCCGUCUCAAUUUAAGUCAGGGUCAAACUUUAACCACAUUCUUUACCCAUUUUCACCACACAUUUGAUAAAAUAAUAUAGUAUUGUCACCUCUUGUUUUGUAGAUCUUUUGGUGUAGUUUUUAAGUAUGUAAGUUUUAUUUUUAAUUCCAUACCAAUUUUCAACUAAAUUGAGUUGAAAAUAAUUUCAGUCAAACAUCGUAAACAACAUCCGAUUUAAAUUGGGUUGUAGAUGUAGUAAUGCAUCUAGUGUGUAACGGAAACAGUCUCUCUGUUAUUACAGGGUGAUAGAUUUUGAUCCCCAAAGCCCCAACGGAGUUGGGAAUAUACUGUGCUGUUGUUGUGGAUGAGUUGCACUAAGCUUCCUUUGAAAAAAGCAUUAAACUGACCUAUAAGAUUUCCUUAUGAUUGCAGUUGUUGAAUUUUAUCAGAAUCUAGGAUUUGAGCCCGACCCCGAGGGCAUCAAAGGUAUGUUCUGGUACCCGAGGUCUUAGCCAUGUAUGGUUGUUGGAGCAAAUCGUGUUGCAGCGACCUACCUAGGCGACAAUGAUGUGGCAAACAUUUCAUUGUCUGUGUGACAUGGGGAUUUCUGAUACUAUUAUUCAAGGAGUAUGGGUGAGAGGGAGUUUGAUUUUUGACAUUUUUUUCCCUUGUAAAUUUUAUGUUCAUCAAUAGAUAUAAACAGAUUUGUGUGUUUACCAGAUUAAUACUUUUAGGAGUGUGUCAGAAACGCCUUCUUGACAUCUACCCCUCCUCCGUCGUGCAAUUAAAUUCAUACUUUUCUUUUUUCGUCUGCUCUAAAAUUAAUUCUACACUUCUCUCGUUUGUUUUUAAGAUGAUUUUCUAUAAAUACAAUUCCAAUUUCCAAAUCCAAUCAAAACCCCUGGCCUACUCCUAUUCUCUUCUUCCGCGCAGGAACUGGUUCUUCGUGUUCUUCAUCUUCUACAGCUUCAUCUCCCUCAAUCCUUAACUCCAUCUUCAAGGUAAGGUCUUCUCUAUUAUUUAACUUCUUUUUCUCUUUGUUUAUCAAUAAUUUGUUCAAAUCAAGAAAGCUCAAGUCAUGUGUUAAUUCUAAGUUCUUCUUUUAAGAAGUUAUAGCCCCAUGGAUUCACUUUGUCAUACUGAUUUGAGAUCAUGAAUGUGAUGUUCAGAAGGUAUGGGUUUAGGCAAAAUAAGUCAUAUUGUUCCUGUGGUCUAUUUAUAUUCCAUAAUUUUAUCUCCACUGCACCAACCAUUUCCCCAUUUAGGCAUAAUUGGUCAUUUUUUUCCUUCAAAAAACCUUAAAAAGGUUUGCAAGUUCUCUGUGAGAGCAAGUGGGCCAAAAUGUUCUUUGUAGCUUUUUUACCUUAAAAAGGUCUACAAGACAAUGAUUCAUUUGUUCAAUUUUAGGGACAAGGAUACUUUCCCUCUUCUUUUGGUCUUCUGAUGAGGGGCUAAAAUGUUCUUUGUAGCUUUUUUACCUUUUCUUUGAACUUUUGAUUAACUUUUUUUAGUACAGGUUCAGAGACAAUAUGCAUCAUGGUUAAUAAGUUGAUUUGAAACUUAAGACUGCCUAAAUCUAUGGACUACGUUAGGAUGACUAUGAGUUUUUGUUCUACUUUGGAGGUCAAAUAUCCAUAGGGUUCUCUUUUAGUCACAUAUCUCAUGCUGACUUUUUAAUGCAAGAUUUUAAGUAUUCUCCCAUGUUAUGCUUCUUGAUGAUGGAAUAAUGAAAGUUGAAUUAACAAAGAAAUUGAUUUUGUUGGCAUUAUUAAAUUAUAUAUAUGGGGUUUAGCUAAAUCAUAUUUUUGUUCCUUAUUAACAUAAAGUUUUAUCCAUUGAGAUGUUUGUAGGAAGAGUAUGCUGCCACAGUUGAAUUACUGACGUAUAAGCCUACAGAGAUGGGAAACUGAAAUGGCCCAAAUCCUACCGGAAUAAGCUAUAUGGCCAAUUGUAGAGAGAAACACUAUAAAUUAUGGGUUGUCAUAUUUAUGGUUUGUACUAGCCUUGCUUUGUCUUUGUGUAGGAUUUAAGCCAUUCUAGCUAGUCUUUGUAUGUAGCUUUUCAUGAGGGCUUUGGUUUGGUCCUCCCAUUUGUACUCUUUUUUCUCUUUUCAUUAGUUUAUAAAACUUUGUUUAUUAU